CCCUUGCGCUCCCUCCCCCGCUUCCCUUCCCCUCCUGCUGCCCCCGCCCCCCCGGCUUGCCCCCUUGCUCUCUGACUCCCUGCACACCUGCUCUCUGCUCUUCUUCUGCUCAACUGCUUCUCUCCUCUUCUUUCCUGCAUCUUCCUCACUCUUCAUCGAGACUUCAAUCGCUGUUGGUACCCUCGUUUGCUUUUUAUUGCGAUUGCGUUGAGGUUGCAGCGACGUGAGCGAUCUUGGAUCCCUCGCUGCGAGCCCUGGAGUGACAGACAAGCUUCCAAUGUCGUUCUCAGGCUCCUAUGCCAUGUCCGACAAGAACCUGCAGGCCGGCAAGCGCAGGCCCGAGAGCGCGUCAGGUCGCAACGACAUGGAGAGGUAGUGUCUGACGCUCAUGUGCCGCCACUUACUAACUGAAUCACAGAGACAAGAGGGUUCGUGCGAGUGGGAGUGCCAAUCCUCCUACUGUAGUUGAUUCCAGAGGAAAGUUUGCCGACGCAAGUGACAUGAACCCGACUGACAAUGCUCAGAAGAAGUCAGAGAAGGAGAAGGGAUGUCGAUGCGGAAGGACUAAGUGUCUAAAGCAAUACUGCGCAUGCUUUCGGAACGAUGUUCGUUGUACCAAUGACUGUGUUUGUGUGGACUGCCAUAAUGAUGGAAAGCAUGAGCAAGCUCGAAUGAUGGCAGUGCGCUUGGUUCGAUUGAAUGACCCAAUGGCCUUCAAGGGCACAAGCUUGGAGCUUGAGAACCAGGAGGUUCACACUCCCAAUGGAACGUUGAAGACUGUGCGCGGGUGCAGGUGCAGGAGAAGCAAGUGCCAGAAGAAAUACUGUGAAUGCUUUGGCGCUGGUCUCAAGUGCUCUACCAACUGUGUAUGCGAAGGCUGUCUGAAUGGCAACGAUCCCUCCAAACCGUUUUACCCUAGUGGAGGCAGUGCCUCGAGUGUUGCAAGAAUGGCUCCUGCUAUCCCCGCAGGGUUCUCGGUUUCGAACAUGGCCGGCAAGACUCACUUCGACAGGACAAGCAAAGCAAGUCUUGACACGAGUAGAGCAUCUAGACCUCCUCAACUGAGCUUCAGUCGGACUUCAGCUCCCUCUGCGGAACAAAAGGCAGAGAAAUCUCAGUCUCUGGCUUCGAGACGCCCUCCCAUCAGUGUCGAAGUGCGAAACCCAACGUCAAUGAGAGUUGCGUGUGCCGUCACAGAAAUACCGUUACAUGACAGCAGAAGCCGCGCACCAGUUGCACAAGAAGUGAAGCUUGAAGACAAGGUUGAGGUUAACAAGGAGAACAAGCCGCUAUCAUCGUUAGAUAACCCUGCCGCUGACCUGGUGCUCGAGAGAGAGAGCUCUUCGCUCAACUACUACAUGAGCUCAACUCCCCAGCUCAACCUGACGCCGACCUGGGGCGUCAGCGGCAACCUGCAGAGUGCCAACGGGGUUGACUUUGACGGAGGGAGACCAGUCUUCUCGGACUCCCCCAAGCUGGCAACGACGCCUGGUGGAACGAAGCAAGGAUUCCCGUUGUCUUCGCCCAACUCUGCUCGGUUCAAGGAUUUCUUCGCAGCAGGCAACGACAACACCGCAUUCUUGGAGGGCGCAAGUAUCUUCACUCCCAAGAGCCCGCAGACCUCGAUCUUUAGCGGGAAGAGCUCGUGGAGUAACGGUGUGUUCCACCGCGCGACUCCUCCCUGCACCCCAAAGUUUGAGUUCGACAAUUUCAGCUGGUUGUCGCCCAGCGCAGCCUCUGUCGGCAACGCCAUCUUGCCCUCAGACGUCGCGUACCUAGCAGGCGAUUCAACCUUUCGCUCGUGAUGGCUGCCACUGCCGACGUGUAGAAUAUGUACAAACAAAGUGCCGUGCUUGCAACUUGCUAUGGUACAUAACUCUUAAUACUGUCAGAAAUACACUUGAAUCGUUUGUUACUUGCCACAGUAAAUAUCUCAGGCCAUCUCG